UGUAUGUAUAUAUGUAUGUAUGAAUGAAUCUGCGUGAUGUGAAAGAUCGUCGUUGGGAGUGAUAUCUUCAUAUAUAUUAUUACAAUUGCAAUUCCCCUGGAUUUAUGAUGCUUUCAUUUCUUCCUGCUCGCUGCAUCGCUUGCACAUCUUUACUGUAAAGCCAUAAAGCACCAACCACAACAAUAAUGAACCAUGUGGGUAACACCUGCCCCUUAUGAGUCACUCUCAUUCAUGGAUACAUGCAUUAUGUAAAAAUAAUAAUAAUAAUAGUUUGUCGCCUGCAGCAGAGUACACUAACACCACGCACCGACUCCUACCACACAAUUCAGUGUCAGCGGGGAUAUGGUUCUUAUUGUUGAUAUCAUUUGAACCAAAACAAAAUUAACAUCUACACACACGCAUACAAAUAGGCCCAGUAGAGAAAGAGAGGGGCACUUCCGUCCGGCUGCGGAACGUCGCCACCGCCGUUUAGUCAUCAUCAUCAUCGCCAUCAUCGCCAUCAUCAUAGGAGUGGCAUCAUCGUCACUACCGGAAUGCUUGCUAUUUCAGGUUUGCGGUGAUCGCCAGCUAGAAAAGGCUUACCGGAAGCUGUUCUGCCGCUUCACGAGACUGGUUAGCGUCGUCCGGUCCGGUAUUAAUUGGUGGAAUUUAAUGAAAUUCAAAAAGGUGUAAUAGGAUGUUCCGUUACAGUAGAAAUUCAAUGCCACAAGUAAAUGAAGUCGUUCAAUGAAAUUCAAUGAAACAGGCACCGUUCUGAUGGAGGGCCUCACAGUGCAUAACGUAUGUUCUUCGUUACUGUACACGUUAAUAAUAUACAAACGUUUGCUCUUUUCGGUCGUGGCAGGCCAGAUUUGCAGCCCUGAACUAAACGAUGGGAAAGAAUGGGAACAUUGAAAUAUCCAUCGAUCAAAGUGUGCGCGGUGGUUGUAAAUAUCGCUUCAUUUAUUCGAAACGCCAGCUAGAUAGCGGUAAAGAUCGUAAAGAAAGUGAAUCGGAUCGAAUCUCUCCUGCUUUGGUUUCAUUCACUGCACGCUCCAGUGAGUGCGAGUGUAACUGCCGUGUAGAGGAAACCCACCGCGCCUUCCACGAAGGUUUCUUCCACAACACCGAAGAUUGGCGGUGCCGGGAAAAGUGGAUCCCAUUUCCUACGGCGUUUUCUUUUAAGGUUUUUCGGACGAAAAAUGCAUUCGUUAGAGAUGGUGUGGCUCGAAACAAUUCGAAAGUGCAUUGAGACACUAAUACUGCAUACCAUCAGUCGAAAGGGCAAACCUAACAUUUUUCUCAGCGAAUUCCCGACGACUUUUGAAGCGAUUUUGUUGAAUUUUCAAUAGCUGCCCGCGUUGCUGGUGGAGAUGUUGUCGAUAAAAGGCGUCCGAACGGCAUGGUUAUUUGAAGCAGCAGAGCAGAUAUCGAAACUCACCAACAAAUGGUUACACCUGUUAUGUCGAGGUGCCUAUGUGGGCAAGGUUUCGUGUGAGUAAUGAUGAAAAAAUAAAUAAAAAUAAACAGUUUAAAGCAUGACGCAUAGCUUUGUCUACUUCCGGUAUGGUUGUAAUCGGCCGGAUUAUUGGUAAGAGUGCUGUAUCGAACAAAAUAUUAAAAAAGGGCGUCUAAGAAAAACCACUACCACAUAGAACACCUGUACCUAAAACAGGCGCUUGUGCGUGAGUGUGCCGAGCAGAAUAUCUUUGUAAACACAGCAAAGUCCGGGCAAAAUGUUGUAUUCAUUUUUUGUCGCCCACCUACCUCUAUCUAUCGAAACUGCUGCUGAACUGAUUAGAUAUGCCAUUUAUCUCUGAACCUGGCAAGCGAUAGUACGAAAGGCCGUGCGUUACGGGCGUUCGGGCUUCAAUUGGCAGUACGCCCUGACCAAGCUCAGUAUUGAUUCUGUGAAAGUGAAACAGUGAGGAUCAUCGAAGGUGGGAUCCGAAAGUACCUACUAUAGUGAAUAUUACUGCACGGAACCAUUUGUAAAGCAAAGCAUUUUUGACUGUAAAACAUGUCGCUAACGGAUAAGGAAUACUAUAAUCUGACUAUCAGUAUUUCCAAAGCGCUCAGCAAUGUGGAAAUGCCCAUCAAGGUGAAGCACGUCCGUGCGGCUAUCAUUGGUACAUUCCACAGCAAUGGUGCGCAUGCAUUUUGGGCCAUUGCCAUCCGGCAACCGAUACAGGACAAUCGAAUAGUGGCGUGGAAGUUCUGCCAUCUGCUGCACAAGAUACUGCGCGAGGGCCACCCGCUAUGCUGUCAGCAUUCCAUGCGGCACCGGGCCAUGCUGCUGGAGGCCGGAAAGCUGUGGGGCCAUCUGAACGAUGGGUAUGGUAUUUGCAUCAAGCACUACACCAAGCUGCUCGUGACGAAGCUCGAGUUUCACGAUCGCAACCCCCGCGUACCGGGCAGCUUAUCGUUGCGCCAGGGCGAUCUGGAAAAGAUUGGCGAGGGAGACAUUAACAUUUAUUUCCAGCUCGCAGUUGAGAUAUUCGACUAUCUGGAUGAUAUCAUUGCGCUGCAAGGCACAAUAUUCAAUUCCAUCACAACGUUCUGCGUCAGUUCGAUGACUUCGGCGGGACAGUGUCGUUUGGCACCGUUGAUUCCUUGCAUUCAAGACUCGAACCCACUGUACGAUAUGCUAGUGCGCGUGAUGUUUAAACUGCACGCCAACUUACCCUCAGAUCUGCUGACUGGGCAUCGCCAGCGCUUCAACACACUGUUCCAUCAGCUGAAAUCGUUCUACGGACAGUCGCGCAAUCUGCAGUAUUUUGUUAACCUGAUCACCGUACCGAAGCUCCCGGAGGCGCCGCCCAACUUCCAGCAGCAAAGCGAUCUGGGCAACUACCAAACACCGGUAGUGGUGAUGCCCGACAGUGAACCUCUGGACAAUGAGCCGGAACCGCCAGCGAUCGACAAUCUGAUCGAUACGGCCGAGGCGACCCCACCGAUACCGGAGCUUCCGCAUGCGAACAACCACCAUCAGGUGGCCGCUCCGGCGCCGGUCGUACCGGUGGCACAAGUAAUGGAACUGGAACGGCUGAUUCAGGAGCGGGACAAUAUCAUUCGCCACCUGCAGAUGGAAACGCAAGGAUUGUCCAACCAGCUGAAAGCGGCUACCAGCGAGCAGCGGGACGUGCAGCGUCGACUCGAGGACCAAAUAGCGACACUCAAUGCACAGCUUACGCAUAGCCAAGGCGAACUUACCAAUCUACGGUUUCAGAAGGAAGAGCUGGAACUGCGAGCCCAAACGGCACCAACGCUAGAGCAGCGAGCGCAAGCGGAAGAGGAACGUGCAAAAGCCAGUGAGGAAAAGUUCCAAAAACUAAAAACCAUGUACACGCAGAUACGCGAUGAGCACGUGAACCUACUGCGUCAGCAUGGCGAAAUUAGCAAGCAACUAGCCUCGUCCACGAAAAUUGCAGCGGAAGCGAGCAAAGCCAAGGAAGAACUCCAAUGCCAGCUGGAAGAGCUCGAGCAAAAGCAAGCCCUGGUACAGAAUGCACUGCAGCAAAGUUCGAACGACGCACGACAGGAGCAGGAAGCCAUUGGCGAACAGCUUCAAAUCAUGACGCAAAAGUGUGAAUCGCUGCAGAGCCGCUAUGAUGAGAUGGAAGCGUCGCGGCAGGCCGAAAUUGCCGAGCUUCGCAUCAACCUCGAGCGGCUAGAGGGCGAACUGCACACGUUCCAGCAAGAGCGCGAAGCUCUCUCGAACGAAAAGGGAACGCUAGAGGAACGGUUGGCCGAAAUACAGAGCGAAAAGCAGGAGCUUGAUUUGAAGUACCAGGAAUGCAUGGCAAAGAUGCACGAACUUGAGCUAAAGACUGAUCAUUACGCAAAGGAAGAAAUGUCUUUGCAGCAGAGCGUAAACGAAAAUUCACUUAAAGCGCAGGAACUAUCCGAUCAAAUUGAACAAUUGCGGACGGAAAAUGAUACACUCAAACAACAAUACAACGAACUGGAAGCAGCCAAAGCGUUGCAAGCGGAAGAGUUCCAGCGAACACACCAGGAGGAACUGCUUCGGUUCGAUUCACUGCAGACGGAAAUGAACGAUAAGCUGGCCACUAUCGCCUCGGAAAAGGAUACCAUAGCGGGCGAAAAGGAGCAAACCUGGGAGCAGCUGCUAAUGCUUCAAACGGAAUCCACCCAAAAGCAGGCUGAUUUUGAAUCGCUGGAAAAGGAUUUGAAAUCAGUUCUCGAGCAAAAGGAUCACGAAUUGGAAGAACUUAAUGCAAAGUAUCGGGAGCUGGAGGAAAAAUAUCAGAGUCUAGAUGCAAAUAUGGAACGGUUACUUUCCGAAAAGGAAACAAUUGAAUCUGAUCUGCAAGAUUUACUUCAUCAACAGGAGCAAACGGAACACAAACUGCAGGCUGCGCUGUUGAAGGUGGAAGCGCUAGAAACGGCGCUCAUUGACAGCAAAAUUAGUGGAGAGACGGCACUGCGCACCCUGCUGGAGGCGUGCAUUAAGUCGUCGGAAAAGCUGACACUGCGCGCCAUCGGUGAAAACGAAAUGCCCGGAGCUGGCGGAACACCCACCUACUUUUUGAUGAUAGCGGAAGAGCUGCAGGAAGUGCUGACCAAGCUGAAGAUGGUCCAUGAGAACUAUCUGAAGGACAAUUCGACGAACGUAGAAUCGCUGGCACGGAAAGUCAUUAUCGGGGCGCAUCUGCUCGCUUCUGCUCACGUGCAGGGCAUGACUGUAUGCAAUCGCUCGGCAAACAUUGAAAGCGGUGAACGUAUCGCAGAAGAGUUGAAGAAACUGGGUCAAUCGAUCACGACCCUUUUCCACUCACUGCAGAAAACAAGCGAAUCAGGUACGGUAAGUGAUCGUAUAACUGACCUGAAGACAAAACUGGAAGAGGUAACUACCAUGAUCGUCGACCUGGGCAAGCAAACCGAUGGUACCGAAAAUCUGGGCGACAUGGUGGAGUCCGAGCUGACCACCAUGGACAAAGCGAUCGAAGAAGCUGCAUCACGCAUACAGGAAAUGCUGUCAAAAUCCCGCGCUUCCGAUUCGGGCAUAAAGCUAGAGGUGAACGAGAAGAUUCUUGAUGCCUGCACGAGUCUCAUGCAAGCGAUCAGAGUGCUAGUGCAGAAAUCUCGUUUGCUGCAAUCGGAAAUUGUUGCCCUCGGCAAAGGAACCGCUUCGGCAAAGGAAUUCUACAAACGAAACCACCAAUGGACGGAGGGACUAAUUUCGGCAGCCAAGAGUGUAGCCCAAGGAGCCAACUUUCUGGUCACGGCGGCAAAUAAAACGGUGGUCGGUGGGGCAAAACAUCAGCUAGAUUUGGUGGUAGCCGCCCAGGAGAUUGCGGCCUGCACGGCACAGCUCGUAGUGGCCAGCCGCGUGAAAGCUCCACGAUCCAGCACCAACCUUACAGCGCUGGGCACCGCCUCCAAGAACGUCACGCAAGCGACCGGGAUUGUUGUUGCCACGGCGAAGGAUUGCAGCCAGCGGUUGGAAGAUUCCCAGGAUCUGGAUCUUGGCACGCUGACGGUACAUCAAGCCAAAACGAAAGAGAUGGAAAUUCAGGUAAAGGUGCUUGAGCUAGAGCAGGCACUGCAAAUGGAGCGAAUGCGCCUGGCCUCAUUCCGCAAGAAGAACUACCAACAACCCGUGGAAGAGUAGUAAACCUAGCACUUGGCGCCACUCCCAUGUUGGGUACGCUCCACGCUUUUUUUAAGAAGGUAGUACGGGUGUCAGCGAUCACUUUUUCGAAAUUCACCAAACACAUACACAGAGGUUUAAAAUGACCAAUCUGUAGACGACUGUAGCUAUGUUUCAAUCCAAUCCCAAAAAAUCAAACAAAAUGCUUGGAUUUAAUUUGCUCUCUAGAUGGAGAUGCAUUUCUACCGAUUGUGUCUUAUUUUGGCAAUCAUUUCAAAUCACUGCAGACUGUAAUAUGCAACAAAAUGGAGAUGAAAACUGUUUAUGUUGAACAAUGUUACACUUAUCAUCCCACGUUAUCAGCCACGCAUAUCACACGUUAGCCAAUGAGAGGGAGGCAUCAUCAUGCAACAUCGACAUUAUGUUAAGAGUGUUUCGUCGCUUCAUUAACCGUUAUUAAUAGGAUAGUGAAUAUAUUAGUAUAGCAUAUUUAACUUUGUUAGAUACCCCCAAAAGCGUAAGAUGCAUCCAGUAACGAAUGAUAAGAAGCUCUGUUAUACUGUAUCUUGUAUUUCUACUUACAACGAAAUUGAUGCAAACAAAUAAACAUGGAUCAAAUAAAAUCGUA